GAUUAGGGUUUUUUUUCUUAGCCCCAAUUCCCAAAUUCAAAAUCGAAGCUUUUUUAAUGGGCAGUAAGAAGAGAAGCAACGACGACUCGACGGAGGUGGUGGAGAACAACAAUCUCACCGAUUCUUCAAUUGUGAAGAAUAAGAAAUCUAAAACCGAGAAGAUGAAUACUGAUUCUGAUACGGCGGCGGCGGCGGCGGCUCCUGGUGUUGCGAGCUCCGGUAAGGAUAUGGAGAAGAGGAAGAAGAGAAAAGCUUCUGACAAAGAGAGGAGACGAGCAGCUGCUCUGGAGAAAAAUGAUGGUGUAGGAGCUUCGCGGCCUAAGCCUAGACCUGUGGUUGUUAAUUCGAACUCCGAUGAAGCCGACGACGAGUCUCUUCCCUCCGCAGCCGCUUCUUCCUCGUUGCCUCUCAACUAUUUUACAGAUUUGGCUUCUUCUGAUGCUUCCGUUAGAGAAGCAGCUGCUGAGUCGUUGGUUUUGAGGUUGCAAGAGAUUCAGAAGCAAUACGAGUUGUUACCUGAUAAAGAAUCUGUUGAUGGUGGAUUGAUGCUUGAAGCUGAGAAAAACGAUGGUUUGGAAAACUGUGCUCCUCAUCUGAGAUAUGCUCUAAGAAGGCUUAUUCGUGGAGUCUCUUCUUCUAGAGAGUGCGCAAGACAAGGAUUUGCCUUGGGGUUGACAUUACCUGUUAGCGUUAUUUCUAGCAUUAAUGUGGAAUCUUUGAUGAAUCUCAUUGCUGAUUCUUUGUCUGUAUCUUCAUCCAUGACUAGACAAGAUAUUAAGGAAUGCUUAUUGGGUCGACUGUUUGCUUAUGGUGCGCUUGCACGUUCUGGAAGACUGAUUGAAGAUUGGCAAUCUGAUAAAGACUCUCAGAUAAUCAAAGAAUUUACCAAUGCUCUUAUUGGUCUUGCCGCAAAAAAGCGUUACUUGCAGGAACCAGCUGUGCAUGUUCUUCUGGACCUUGUUGACAAGUUGCCUACUGAACCUGUUGUGACUCAUGUUAUGGAAUCCCCAGAGCUUCAUAAAUUGUUUGAACAAGCCACCGAGGUGGGAAACCCGGAUGCUUUGCUCUUAGCGCUUAAACUCCAUGAAAAGGUUUCAGUCGAUCAUCCUGUAUUUAGCAAGCUACUGCCAGUUCCUUUCAGUUCCGGGAAGUUUUUUUCUGCUGAUCAUCUCUCUGCCAUUGGUAAUUGCUUGAAGGAAUCUACUUUCUGCCAGCCUCGUGUUCAUAGCUUAUGGUCUGUUAUAGUCGAUAUGCUGUUACCGGAAGCAGUUGUUCAAAGUGAAGAUGUCAUAUCUGUUUCAAGUUCCUCGAAAAAGCAAAAACGGAACCGCAAGUCCAAUCCUGUUGAAGAAGAAGCCACAAAUAACAUCAGGAAUUUCUGCCAAGUUAUUAUGGAAGGAGCCCUGCUUUCUUCAUCUCAUGAUCGCAAGCAUUUGGCAUUUGAUAUUCUGCUUCUUCUUCUUCCAAAGCUUCCGGCAAGUUUUGUCCAACAUGUAUUAUCGCUCCAAUUUGUUCAGUGCCUCAUGGAUAUACUCUCCACAAAGGACUCUUGGUUGCAUAAAGUUGCAACCCAUUUUCUUGCCGAGUUAAUGGAUUGGGUGAAAGACGACGAUACCAAGAGGGUGGCCGUUACAAUGGCUCUCCAGAAACAUAGCGAAGGAAAAUUUGAUAAUAUUACGCAUACAAAAACUGUUAAAGAUCUAGCUGCAGAGUUUGAAACUGAAGAUGGUUGCACACUUUAUCUCCAGAACUUGAUGAAUAUGUUUGUGGAUGAACAGCAUGUUCCUGAGGAACCUUCAAAUAUGAAAUGGUCCCUAGAACCUUGCUCUUUGAAUUCAGAUCAGAGUCAAACUACGGAUGAUAAUUCUGACAUAGGUUCAAACGAGGAGAAGGAUUCAGUUGGAACAACCGGAAACUCGGAUGUUCUAAAAAGCUGGGUCAUUGAAUCUCUCCCUGGCAUCUUAAAACAUGCUAAAUUGUCCCCCGAGGCGAAAUUGCGAGUUCAAAAGCAGAUCCUGAAAUUUCUCGCUGUACAAGGUCUCUUUCUGGCUUCUCUGGGCACUGAAGUUACAUCAUUUGAGUUGCAGGAGAAAUUUAAGUGGCCAAAGACAGCUACUCCCGCUGCUCUUUGCAAAAUGUGCAUCGAACAGCUUCAGCUAUUACUGUCAAAUUCUCAGAAGAUUGAGAAUCCACUAUCUAAAGGAAAUGGCAUGGAGCAGCCCGAUGAUCCUGUUUCGUACUUUAUGAAAUUCCUUAGCACGUUGCAGAAUAUUCCCUCAGUUUCCCUCUUCCGUUCCUUGAAUGAAGCAGAUGAGAAGGCAUUCAAAGAAUUACAAGAAACAGAGAGUAAACUUUCAAAGGAGGAAAGAAAUUGUGGACUAGCUACUGAUCCAAAUAAAUUUCAUGCAUUGAGGCACUUAGUUGUUCAGCUGUUGCUUCAAAUACUCCUCCAUCCGGGAGAGUUCUCAGAAGCUGCAACUGAACUUUCAGUAUGCUGUGACAAAGCUUUCAGUUCUCUUGAUCUUCAAAAAAGUGAUGGGGAAGGUGAGGCAGACGAUGAAGAAGAACCAGCAGUCAUGGAUGUCCUCGUGGACACCUUACUUUCUCUCUUGCCGCAUUCUUCAGCUCCAAUGCGAUCUUCUAUUGAGCAGGUUUUCAAGUACUUUUGUCAAGAUGUCACCAACGAUGGACUGCUGAGAAUGUUGCGGGUGAUCAAGAAAGAUCUAAAACCAGCUAGACAUCAGGAGGACCAAGACUCUGAGGAUCUUGAUGAUGAUGAUGUAGAUUGUCUUGCUAUUGAAGAGGAAGAAGAAGAAAACGAGGAAAUGGGCGAGACUGGUGAGAGCGAUGGGCAGACUGAUGAUUCCGAAACAGUAACCGGCGUUGUCCCUAUGGCAGUUGACAGAGAAGUUCCUGAAAAUUCCGAUGAUUCUGAUGAUGAUGAUGGAAUGGAUGAUGAUGCAAUGUUCCGCAUGGACACUUACCUUGCCCAGAUAUUCAAGGAGAAGAGGAAUCAAGCUGGCGACGAAAGUGCUCAGUCCCAGCUUGUUUUGUUUAAACUCCGUGUCCUCUCCCUUCUUGAAAUCUACCUCCAUGAAAAUCCAGAUAAGCCUCAAGUUAUGACAGUGUACUUAAACUUAGCUCAGGCAAUUCUGAACCCAAGCACUGCAGAAAGUAGUCUGCCGCUUUUACAACGUAUAUGGGGUAUCAUUCAGAAGAAGAUCUUCAAGGCUAAAGAGUAUCCCAAGGAUGAAUCAAUGGAAUUUUCUGCACUUGCUUCUUUGUUGGAGAAGAAUCUUAAACUGGCUGCGAAACCAUUCAAGAGUAAGAUGAGUAAGAAUAAGUCAGGAGUUGACCCUUCCAAGAAGAAGCAGUCAGCUGCGUGGAACCGAUACAAGAUAAUCACUAACCUUGGCCAGAACUCAACUUACUGGGUUAUGAAGAUAAUUGACUCGAGAAAAUUUUCAGAAACUGAAUUGGAGAAGAUCUUGGAUAUGUUUCGGAGUGCCAUUGUGGGGUACUUUGAUACCAGGAAAUCUCAGAUGAAGAUAGAGUUUCUUGAGGAAGUGUUUAGAAGGAGACCAUGGAUUGGACACCAACUGUUUGGUUUCCUUCUGGAGAGAAGUGGGAAUGCAAAGGUUGAGUUCCGUAGACUGGAAGCUCUUGAUUUGAUCACUGAAACUCUGAGAUCGUUGGUUCCUAUAAACGAAAACACCCAAGAAGAUUCGAAAAAAAACAAUGAAGACCCAUCUGAAGAAACUGAUUCAUUUGAUUAAAGAACUAGUUGCAAAUAUGCCUGAGGCUAAAGUAAGGCGAGCUCAGGAUCUGAAUCACACCAGUUGGAAUAGGAUUUUCCCUAGUCAUUGAUUCCAAGUCUUGAGUUCUACAUCUGGUACCAAAAGAUAUUACAUUCUCACUUAUGUCCUAAAGUGAUGAUUUGUUAUGAUAAUUCAUCAAUUUUGUUUUCAAGUUGUUAUGUUAGUUAUAUUUACAGGUUGAGAAUACGUUAAAACUAUGGAUUUCAUAUGUUUUUCUUCAUCAGAUAUAUUGAUUUUGUUAUACAUUCUGUGUUAUAAAUACUCAUGUUGGAG